GUAGCUUUAUCAUUGGAGGGCUAGUGUGUCACUAAAUUUUAGAUAUGUCAGCCACAGCUGUCAGCUGUGAUUCAAGUUACAGUCUGACCCGCAGCUUGUGCCUGUGAAGCCAUGGCAUCCAGUGAGGAGGAAGGGUCUGCGGAGGAUAAGGAAAACACCAAAAAAAGAACACUUAGUACUUUGGCAACAGCAUGGCUCACCUUCUACAACAUUGCCAUGACCGCUGGGUACGUACAUGCUCCGAAUAUUGGAUGAGCUGAUCAGAUCCAAUAAUCAUAUCCAUGUAUUAAACCAGGAAGGAUACAUUUUGCUUUCACUAGUUUUUAAGUGUCCUAUGCCAUUCUCAUCGCUCUUGGAAAUAUUUAAUCUAAAAAAGAAAAUCCAUUUAUUUAUUGAAAAUGAUGACGUUCUAAUAGAAUGUUGCGGCUGUGUUUUUAUACAAUUUAUAUUAGCUUUAGUUGGUCUGUGUUACGUGUUUUCAUUUUUAACCUCUAUUUAUCCACGUAUUGCUCAACUCCACCUGGCAUUCGAAGGGUCAAAGUCUCGCAGUAUUGGGCACCUAAACUUUCAAUGAUCCUGAGCGAUGAGAUAUUGUGAGUGUUUAAGAACCGAUUAUGGCAGCGUAGCGUAAAAUACUCUGUGAAUUAUGGGUUCUGGAGCUCUUUGACAUUGUAAAGGUCUAACUGCGUGAAACAGAUGUUCAAUCCGCUCUUCCCAGGGCUGAAAAUGUAAAAAAAACAAGACCGUGUAAAAAUUACAUUUGGGGUUCCAAUAGAUUUUAUAGUAGAUAUUUGUUAUUGAGUUUAUUUAUUUUAAUCAAGGCACUUUGUGAAAACCUGCAGUAAGGAGGAGAAAUAAGAGGUAAUGAGUUGAUUGCACACUGCGAGUUUGCCUCUCUUUGCCUUGCAUUUCCUAAUACGGUACAUGACAGCAGCUGCGUCAUGUCAUUGCCGGUCUCUGUGGUUAAGUAUAGCAAGACCCCAGCAUGCCAGUAGGCGGGUAAACUGCUUCCCUCUGCACAUUUUACAGUAACUGAAGCAUGUAUCCCUAGACUCAACAUAGCUGUACGUUCACCGUGGAAACAUGCCAAAAAAAAAUAUAUAUAUAAAUAUAUGAGCAGCUGCUGUCCCUUACAUUCGGAAUAAUGGGAUAUUUUUUGUGGGCAAGAAUGAUGUGGGAUUUAUUAAAACAGUUCAGUUGCUAUUUUGACAUCAGCUAGUGUUCUGAUGCAAUUAUUUAACACAGAUACUAGGGCCGCAUUUGUGUCAUGCCUGAAAUGAAUAGAUAUAUGCAGACUCUAAAUAAAGGAAAUACUUAUUGUAUUUAAAGAUAGACUCCAGGCAAUGUUAAAUGUGGACAUAUUUGAUAUAUGUCAUCGGAUACAAAUUGCUUGCUUUUAAAUAUGCAAAGGCAGGGCAUAAAAAAAGGUCUUCCAUCUUUGCUCCACCCACUUGGUCAAUAUUUCUCGCUUCCGUAUUCUUUCUAUGGCUGCAGAGGGUGUACAGCUGUAUGCUGACUAUAGUGUAUGCACCCCUGCAGCACCCAGUUGACUGCGAUGGAAUAAACAGCAUGUGUGUUGUGUAAUUAUGUAUUUUAAAAAUAUAACAGGGAAAUAUUUUAUGUGCAAAGAGAACAGAAUUUUAAAUGGAAUCAUUGUAUCUCUAUGGGGAGGGUUCAGGGUCUCCAUGCAGAACAUGGAGACGCUGAACGUAGUUCUUGCAAACAUUGCAGGAUUUAACCCAGGAAGUCCCUCUAGUGGUCGUCUCAGUGACUGUCAGUACAGGUGUUAAUGGGAAAUUAUGUAAACAUUGCCUUUCUGAAAAGGCAGCAUGUACAUUGCUGAGCCUGCAGGGACAGGCUGUAGACAGCAGAACCACUACAUUAAGCUGUCGUGGUUCUGGUGACCUCCUUCAGCCCUCAGCAUCAUCAGUGACUGAUGGGGGGCAGGGGGAAUUAAACAGAGAGGAGGAAUAGAGAGAUGGUGGAGGGAGGAGGGAGAGACACAGGGAAAAGGGGGAAUAAAGAGACAGAGGGGAAGGGGGGAAGAAAGAGACAGAGGGGAAGGGGGGAAGAAAGCGACAGAGGGGAAUAAAGAGACAAAGAGGGAGAAAGGAGAGAGACACACAAAGGGAGGGGGAGAAAGAGUAAGAGGGGGAAGAGACUGGGAAGGAGAGGGGAGACAUUGACACAGAGGAGCAGUGAGGGAAGAAAGAAACAUACAGAGUGACUGGGGGGAGGAGACAAAAAGGCACACAGAGGGGCUGGAGAUAAAAAGAGACACACAUAGGGGCUGUAUAUAUCACUGGUGGAUGGGGGGGGCAACGGGGCAAUUCCCCCCCCACAAGGCUUUCCCCUGCUGGCCGAUCUCCCUCCCCGUUCCGCAGGCACCAUGCGGGCAGCUGGCAGGGGAGGGAGGAAGAGUGGACCCGAGGAGCUCGAGCUCUAGGUCCUUCUCGCGCGAGCACACAGCAUUGCCGCAGUUACCACGGCAAUGCUUCGGCUCUCAUGAGGGUGAACUCUAGCCCUGGAGCUACGGGCUAGAGUUCACUCUCACCACUGCGACCACUACACCCCCCAACGCCCACACACUGAAUCCUUCACACACAUUGCACCCCUCACACAUUGCACCACUGCUCCUAUACACUACUACAGCCCCAUAUCCCAGCAGACUCCAGGUAAGUUGUCAAACUGUUCUUAAACGGUUUGACCACUUACUCUGGGAGGAGGUCCUGGCACUCCUGGCACCAUAACCACUACACAGAGGAUUAGUGGUUAUUGUGCAUGGAAUAUUUCUUUAAAUAAUCUACAAGUGCCCCUCCCGGGAUCAGGCUCUGGAUCCGCCACUGGUAUAUGACAUGUAUAUUAAUGUGCGUAUUAGUUAUAUAUAUAUAUUUAUAUAUAUAUAUAUAUAUAUAUAUAUAUAGAAUUAUGCCUAUUAUAUUUACACAUAUUAAUGUACAUUUAUAUAUGCAUAAUACACAGAGAAAUGUCAUUAAUAUGUAACAUAUGUAAUGAGCAGAUAUUGGCCCAGUCUUGUUGCUAGGUGCAUACUCCAGCACAAUAACAUAUUUAAAGUGAAGAGCACACCCACAGGACUUCAAAAUAAAAUUAUUUUUACAGUUGUGCCCUACAUACAUUCACCAUUUCAGUCCCAUUACCAAGCUUUCCUUAAUAUGUCAAGGUAGUUGGACUGAAACGUUGGUUAUAUGCAAAGGCACAUCUGCUUAAAAUAAAUCUGCAUUUUUGUUUAUUUUGAAGCCUAUGAGUGCGCUUUUUAUGUUGGAGUAAUAUUAAAUUUUAAGUUAUCUGUUCUAACUCUGUAUCUGCACACUAUGCUGGCGCGACACAUUAUGGGGCUGGUAAAAAAUUUUUUCCCAGGGCUGCUUUUAAUUCCCAGUCCGGCCCUGUGACUAUAGUGACCUUUUAACCCCUUAAGGACCAAAUUUCUGGAAUAAAAGGGAAUCAUGACAUGUCACACAUGUCAUGUGUCCUUAAGGGGUUAAACAUACAAUCAGAUAUUUGUGGAUAUCAACACAAAGCAUUCUUCAGAAAGAGUGGAUUCUAGCAAGUAGAAAAUCAAAUUACAAGCUUUAAACAAACUCUUAAAGUUGGUUGUUGUCAGUUUUGUAUUUUUUUUAGUCUUAAUUUUGCAGUUUUGUUAUCCAUUCAAUGCAAUUAACAGUGUAAUGAAUGAAUGCAAAAUAGUUGCAGAGGUAUGGAACAGCCUUUCAGCAGUGGUGGUAGAAGCUAAAACAAAGAUAUAAUUUAUGACAGUUUAACCUCUAUCAAGGUUGUAAAAAAUUGACUGAUUGGGUUCUGAGUCAUUCCUUAACAUUUAAAAAAAUAAUUAUGAAUGUUUAAUGGUUUAAUCUAUCAAGAGCACUAAAAAUAAAGCGGUAGGGGUUAAAGGACCACUAUAGUGCCAGGAAAACAUACUCGUUUUCCUGGCACUAUAGUGCCCUGAGGGUGCCCCCACCCUCAGGGUCCCACUCCCGUGGCGCUGAAGGGGAAGGAAGGGAUUAAUCCCUUUCCUUUUUUCCAGCGCCGGGCUCCCUCGGCGCUGGGACUCUCCUCCCUCUUCUUCCGUCAUCGGCUGAAUGCGCAUGCGCGUUCAGCCAGUCCAUAGAAAAGCAUGCCUCUAGCGGCUGUCAAUGAGACAGCCACUAGAGGCUGGAUUAACCCUAAAGUAACAGUAAAGUUUACAGCAGAAAGGGUUAACCCUAGCUGGACCUGGCACCCAGACCAAUUAAUUAAGCUGAAGUGGUCUGGGUGCCUACAGUGGUCCUUUAAGUCCACUAUUUAGUUUCUUUUAACCAUUAUAGGGAAGUAUAAAAUAUCAAUAGUAUAUAUUUUGGACCAUGUCCUACAUAUUGCAUCAUAGGAAUGCUAAACCAGAGCUAAUUAUCUCUUGAACGCCCAGUGGAUUGGUUUCUGCUUCUCUGUUUGGUUUGUUUACCCGCCUGCCCUGAGCAGCCCAUGCUGAGUCUGUCCUUGUGUUUGUAGUUUUACAAGGUUACUACCCAGAACUAAAAUGUGCAAAUAUGUGAUCCAGAAUUCCAUUCAAAGAAUCCGGUAUGUCAUUAAAUAACUUUACCAAUUGAAACGCAAUUCCUAAAAUUUGGUGCUCAGUUUACAUUUUAACAUAGUAAUCUAGGUUGAAAAGUCCAUCAAAUUCAAUCUUAAAAACCCAUCUUUUUAUGUUAUUGAUCUAAAAGAAGGCAAAAAAAACUACCUGAAGCAAUAGCCAAUUGUGCCACAAAAAGGGAAAUAAAUCCUUCUUGGCCCCAUAUUUGCAAUCAGAUUUUUUUUGGAAAUGCCUAUUCAUUUUAACCUUGAAUAUUUUAGUUUUUCAAAAAAACGUAAUCUUACCAACAGUCAAUUUUAAUGCUGUUGGGUUUAUACCAUAUCAUAACUCAUAGUGUAAACUGUAGAAUUUAGGCUAAAGCAGGCAAGCUGUGAGUUUAGACACGUUUUUGCAAUUCUGUUUUAUUUCAGCUAAUCAAAAUUUAAUUAAACCCUCAUGUCUCAUUCCCUUACAUUUUUCUUAUUAUAUUCUGUCAUUUUUUCUCUCACUUGGGAUUUAUUGUCUGUUGCCCAGGCAGUUUAUUGAAUUAGAUAUUUUGAGGAUUUCUAUACUGUAUUUAUAGAAAUUCUAUUAUUUAUUUGUCUACAUGUGGUUUUUUUCCAUGGCUGUUAAAAUGCAACCAUAAGCUAUCAGUAAUACCAAAAGCCAAUACUGUGCACAGUAUUCACAUUUGUCUUCACUGACAGCAUCAAUUCUAGUAAAUCUCCAAAGAGGCUUGUUUUCAUAUUGAUUAAGCAACAAAAGUUUUGCAAUAAAAAGGUUCAGACAGACCAUGCAUACCACACCAGCAACUGGCAGAGAAACAUGGCCCCGAGAGUUAUGGCGUUUGCUGUUACAAUGAGAGGACUAUAGGCACCCAAACCACUUCAGUUCAUUGAAGUGGCCUGGGUGCACUGUCCCUGUCAGUUUAACCUUGCAAUUAUAAUUAUUGCAAUUAUUGAUAAACCGCAAUAAUUACUUUGUAGGGUUAACUCCACCUUUAGUGGUUGUCUACCAGGAUAUUUAGGAAUGACGCAGUAUCAAUAGCACAAAGCAGUACUGAGUAGACCAGCCUUCCCCAGCCCAGUCCUCAUGGACCACCAACAGUCCAGGAUUUAGGUAUUUCCCUGUUUUAUUCCAAUGGAGAUACUGACACAAUCUGGACUGCUGGUGGUCAAUGAGGACUUGGUUGGGGAACACUGGAUUAGACAGAACUUGUGUGAUGUUAGUUGGUAAGAAAUAUCCGCGUAGCCAAGCAUUUCGGGGUAAUUUGUGGCAGCUUUCAGAGCAGUACAUUAUUUUUUGCCUCUGGAGAAGCUGGAGGGCAGAUGCUAGGGAGCACUGUUACUCUUAUCAUAAUUUUAAAAAUAACUUGGCUGCUUUCAGUAGUUGGCUUUGACUACUGAACGGAGCUAUUUCCAUUCAUAUAAAACUCCGCUCAGCACUGGCAAAACCCACAGUACUCACUAUAUUUAUAUAUUUUACUCCUUCUUCUGGAUAUAGGUAAGGUUUCACACUGGGGAGAGGUGACUUGUGGCGCUUUGAAUAUUUUAAUAAUUUCUUUUUCCUCAUUGUUCAAUUUGUACUAACUUUGUAGCUGACUUACUGCAUAUCUCACCGUAUAUAAUUGAUAGCCUAUGUGGAAGUAAUUUAUAGCCUGAUUGUUGUUGUGUGUAAUUGUUCGCAGACAGUUCUUCAUUCUCUCUCUUUCAAAAAGAGGAACAUUUGAUUCUGUUGAGAAAUGUAUACAAACUGUCCAGUGUUACAGCAUCAACAUACUGUUAUUAUGUUACCCAUGUCCAUAGCACCAUCCCCAGGUUACUUUCCUACAAUCUCUCAGCAUUGACAAUGUCCAGUGCCCUCCUGUGGCUUGUCUCUGUGCCAGCGUUGACCCUUAUUCUGAUGAUCAGUAAAACGUUAGUUGUCACCUGUGUGCUUUUGCUGUCAUGCACAUGUCUUCAUCAACAGCAGAUGCCACACAGCUUGUUGUAGGACUCUAUAAUUAAUCAUCACUGGUGUUUCAGGACACUGGUUCAUGUUCAAUGUUUAUACUAGCUUGGUUUCUAUUUUACAACUAUAUUAUGUUAAGGUGGGCUUAUUAUAAGGACUGGGUACACAUUCUUCUGUUUCUUUUUAUAUUCCUUCAUAUUUUUCUCUUUGUCAUUGCCCCAAUGUAUUUGCUUAGUGUCUCCCCAAGGUAAAAGAGUAAUCUAGAUGUGGACCCAUGCUCACUGUACACUUCACAGCUAAGGCCCAAACAAAGACAACUGACUGUCUGGAGUUGCUCAUGUAGGUGGAACUUGCCAGCAUUUCAGAUACUGACUUCCCUUAUGAAUUGGAUCAGUCUGCUAUGAAAAUGGACUAGGUUCUCUCUAUAAUGGCACAUGUGACCAAAAAGCUGGUUGAUAUCUGAGUGAGGACGAGCUAGUGUUUACAUACUGCACUCGCAAUGGGUGGCCAGUCAUCUAUGGGUUCAUAAUUAUUAUACCAGUAUUGAUUAAUGUAAAAAUUAACUUUGUUAUGAAACCCUAGCAGGUGACACAAUGCAUAAAAAAUGCAGAGGUUUACCCCAAACCCUGACAAGCGGCAGAAACAAUAGAGGAUCUUAUUCAGCUCUUUGCCUCGAUGAGGUGCUGGCCCUACGGUUCACAGAUAAAAAGGAUGUAUACAUGCUGUCUACAAGGCACGACAACAGUGCCAGUGUAUGUCAGAGGAAGAACUGAGCAGCUGGAAAAAUGAAGGGCAAUGUAGACAACAACAAAUAUAAUAGCGGGGGUAGCCUUGGCCAGGGCCGCCACCAGAAAUUUUAGGGCCCCUGACAAAGCACAAGGUUUGGGCCCACCCCGCAAUGAAUGCAGGGUGUGUGUCAGUGUAAUGAAUGCAGUGUGUGUGUCAGUGUAAUGAAUGCAGAGUGUGUGUUAGUGUAAUGAAUGCAGAGUGUGUGCUAGUGUAAUGAAUGCAGAGUGUGUGUUAGUGUAGUGGAUGCAGUGUGUGUGUUAGUGUAGUGAAUGCAGUGUGUGUGUGUGUGUGUCAGUGUAGUGAAUGCAGUGUGUGUGUUAGUGUAGUGAAUGCAGUGUGUGUGUUAGUGUUGUGGAUGCAGUAUGUGUGUGUUAGUGUUGUGGAUGCAGUGUGUGUGUUAGUGCUGUGGAUGCAGUGUGUGUGUCAGUGUAAUGAAUGCAGUGUGUGUGUGUGUUUACUAGUGUAUGCAUGUAAUGUGAUACAAGUUAUUCCUCCCUCCCUGUUUCUUACCUGUGUCCAGGGAGGGGGGAAGAUUCCAUGAUCCCUGUUGGUCCGGUGGCAUUGUGGGCCCCUCCCCCCCCCCGGCUCCCUGUAUUUGCAGAGGGGGUCCAGCGGACUGCAGGAGCACUUUACAGCAUUUCCCUCGCUCUCACUCCCGCGAGAUGUGGUGUGCGCGUAACCCAUGGCAACGCUGUAACGGCCGCACGUCUCGCGGGAGUUAGAGCGAGGGAAAUGCUGUAAAGUACAGCUGCAGUCCGCUGGGCCCCCCUUGCAAAUACAGGGAGCCUGGGGCCCGCGGCUGCACCUAUAUAUAACGAUCAUUGCUAUAUAUAGGUGCAGAGAGUAAUUGUGGGGCCCUGGACUGCCAAAGCAGUCCGGGCCCCUCAGGACCGCCGGGCCCGUGACAACCGUUAUGGUUGUCACCCCCUGAUGGCGGCCCUGGCCUUGGCUGAUAAAUGUAUACAGCCUUGUCUGGUGAACAGAAAAAGUAGGUCCUGGUAUGAUAAAAUUGCAAUCUUUUUAAGUCAGGUUGCAAAUGUCAGUGUCUAUGUGCUGUAUAAAAAUGUAGCCAUAGGAAAGCUAUAAUAAUUUCUUGAAUUUUUGUUGGAACUUUUGUCCGAUAUUUUUUUUUCCCAGUCCCCUAAUCCUCCUUCUUUUGCAAUCAGAAGAUGUUCAAAGACUUUGUGGAAAGCACUUUUCUUCUUAAAUCUCCCACACACACUGUAAAAAGUCACAUCAGAGAAAGUGUUGUGUUUGCAGUAAGAAAGGAGUCCAAAAGUACUCCAUUUAUUAUUACCAUUCCUGCCCAUCUUCACCUGCCCUCUGCAUAACAGAUUGUUUCAGAGUCUACUAAACAGAGGUGAACUAUUGAAUCACAAGGUCUGUAUGGGACCUUGUCAGUUUGUUUGAUUGUUUUGGAUUUCUGACCUCGGCUUGUCCUGAUUACUUUUUGUUAGCUGCCUGUCCUGACUUAUUGGCUUAUUAUAUCAACUACUCUGACUUCUGGAUAACCCUUUCUUUUGGCCUGUCAUUGCUAACGUUAAGCCCAGCCAUUAUAAAGUGACUACACCAAAGAACUCAAAAUACUACAUUUAGAAUACUUGUUAAAAUUAGGGAUGUGAAUGGGAAAAAUUUUCGGUUCGGUUUGGCAUUCGGAACUUUGGCAACUUCGGAAACUUCGGCACCUCGACACUUCGGAAAUUCGGUAAUUUCGGAACUUCGGGACCUCGGCAAUUCGGCACUUCAGAAUUUCGGCAAUUCGUCACUUCGGAACUUCAGCAACUUCAGAACUUUGUCACUUUGACACUUCAGAACUUCAGGACCUCGGUAAUUCGGCAAUUCGUCACUUCAGCUAUUCGGACAUUCAUAAGUACCCGAAUGUCCAAAUUCCCAGAAAUUCGUCCGAUUUCAUAUACGGAAUUGCACAUGUCUAGUUAAAAUGGUAUGCUAUCAUGGGGACAAAUGUAUUUUUUAGGGUGUCAUGUUCUCGCAAAGGCAACAUUGGCCCAGAAAAUCAUUUUGUCAAUUCUACAAGUUGAAAAGUUGAAAAGGCAAUCAAAUAUAUUUGGCUCUUUGCCUUACCAAAAAGAACCUGAGAAACCUAUACAUGGGGUUAUUCUUAUUUUUGCAAGACAAUGUGUAAUACAAAUGCUGAGGCUGUAUUGCACUAACUCAUUUAAGGAUUCUGAGAUUUCCUGUGAAAAUGGAAUUUCUGUUUGUUAAAAAAAAAAACAUAAAUUAAUAUAUAACCAAUAUUUGGGGCUGGCAGUUGUGAUUAAUUGGCUAGACCAAUUAACUCAAAUUACGCCAUUUGGAACUUUUGAAAAUGGUAUGCCUUAAUUUUAGAAUAUUGUGUUCAUGUAUACUGAUGCAACAACUUGUAUGUAUAUAUAUUACGUUUUGUAUACUGUCCCUUCAGCAGGUGGUGCUGUUUUCAUGUUUUACUGUUCAUUGUUUUAUGUGGUAUCUUCUUAUUUGUCAGAAUAAAAAAAAUCAUGGCAUUCUUCAGCCAUGUUUGUGAGGAGAUAAGACUGCGCACACUUUAUUUUUCUGUAGAGACUUUCAGAAUAUUCAACAUAUAAUGGUGUAAAUGUUAUUACCCAGGCUGCCAAACUCUAUCAAAGGCAACAUUGGCUCCGAUUUUCUAAUAUAUUUGUCCCUGUAACCAAUCCCGCCCCCCCACCCCCAAAAAAACCCAAACAAACUGGAAAAUGGGUGCAUGUGGGUACUGUUAUACUUGUGAGACAAUGUUUAAUCAAAAUACAGAGGCUUUAUUGCACUAACCCAUAUCAGGAAUAUGAAAUGUCCUGUGCAAAUGCAUGUGAGGUCAUGUGUGUACAAAAGCACAAAUAAAUGUAUAACCACUAAAGUGGUUAGACCAAACAUCUCAAAAUAUGCCAUUAGUAAUACUCUGGGUUGCCUACUUUUGAAAAUGAUGGAAAUACUCUCUCAAAGGCAACACAGGCACAGAAAAUCACUUUGUCAGAUUUCCAGGUAUGAAGGAAGGGGGUACUGUUGUAGCCACGAGACAUAUUUGAACAUAAAUAUGAGUGUUUUAGAGCAGUAAAACAUAUAAUGACAUUGAUAUCAUCAGUGAAAGUGGAGUUUUUGUGUGAAAAAUGCAAACAAAUAAGAACACUAACUUUGGCAAGGGUUUAUGAUUAAGAAGCUACUAAAAAAGACUGCGCAGACCCCAUUUUGAAUACCCUGGGUUGUCCACUUUUGCAAAUGGUAUGCCAUGAUAUGGGUCAUUUUAAUUCCCGAACUGCUAUACAGUCUCAAAGGCAACAUAAGACCAGCAAACCAAUCUGGCCAAUUUCAAUAUAUAAAAAUAGGUAUAGGCAAGCUCUUUAUUUGACCCUAUAACUUUCCAAAACACCAUGAACCCUGUAAAUGAGGGUCAUCAUUGUACUUGGGGGACAUCACAGCAUACAAAUAUGUGUAUCUUAUUGCAAAAAGCUAACAGUAUUAUGAAGCUCACAGUUAAAAUCCCAUGCAGAACUUGGAAAAUCAAUGUCUUGAUUUCUCAAAUUUGUUUUAGAUUUUAUUCAUAUUAAAUUAUGUUUCAUAUAUAAAUAUUUGAUGUGAAAUCAAAGCCCUAUUUCAUCUGCACAAAAUAAUAUAAAAUAAGUGUUGGUAACAUCCACAACACUCAUCCCACCAAAUGCGACUACUACAACUACGACAUGACCUGACCUCACUACUCCAUUCCAAACACCACAGGGACGUGAUCAGACACAAGGCCUUUUUUUUCCCUACAUGGAAACAAAAGCGGCAAACUCCUAGCUAGAAUGCUGACGAAAUGAAAAUUAGGGACAAACAAGACUCACUACGCCGCCUACCGACAGAGAUACUGAAAACAGUGAGAGCUUACUACUCAGAGCUAUACUCGCUCCCCCAACCACAGUCAGAAACAGCGACUACUCGCUUAAGAAACUCCAUCCAGCAAUACACGCUAACACAUAAACUACCCACAUUAGAUAAGCAGGUCACAGACCAACUAGAUGAGCCCAUCACAAUGGAGGAAAUGGCACUCGCAAUAAAAAACACCAAACCUGGUAAGAGCCCAGGCCCAGAUGGCCUGCCACUCUGCUAUUAUAAACGCUUCGCAGACAAACUAUACCAACCGAUGCUGGCCUCAUUUAACGCGGUGAGAGAGGGCCACCGCUUCCCCAAGCAGGCGUUGACAGCGCACAUAACCAUCAUUCCCAAAGAGGGCAAUGACGUAGAGCACUGUGGGAAUUACAGGCCCAUUUCCCUAAUCAACUGCGAUAUCAAAUUGAUGGCAAAGAUCUUGGCCAUGCACCUGCAGCCGCAUAUACCCACACUGGUCCACCCAGACCAAGACGGGUUCGUAGCAAACUGUGAGGCAAGGGAUAACACCAUAAGGGCCCUUGCCCUCAUGCACAACAAGAAAAAAGACACCAGGGGCCUUCUUCUGCUGUCUACAGAUGCAGAGAAGGCCUUCGACAGGGUGAGAUGGGAGUACUUGUUCCAGAUCCUUGCCCACAUGGGACUUGGACCCCACAUGCGCAGAUGGGUCGAGGCCAUGUACGAUGGACCCACGGCUCAUGUGAUAGUGAAUGGGGCACUGACGGACGAGUUUCCCAUACAUAAUGGCACCCGCCAGGGCUGCCCACUAUCCCCGUUGCUCUUCGUCCUUGCCCUUGAACCCUUCCUGACAGCACCACGACAUCACAGGCAUAAAGGCAGGGGACACACAUCACAAAGUGGCCGCCUAUGCAGACGACCUCCUCUUUUUCGUUUCUCGACCAGAAAUCUCCCUCCCCAACAUAUUUCAAGCCUUUAAAACAUUUGGAGUCAUCUCCAACCUAAAAAUAAAUUACUCCAAAUCAUACAUCCUGAAUGCUGACCUGCCCAACGGCCGAGCCUCCCCCCUAAGUGCAAGUUUCCCAUUCCAGUGGGUGGAACAUAAAAUACGCUACCUGGGUACGUGACUGACCAAACAAAAGGGGGACCUAUACAGGGAAAACUUCACCCCUAUGCUAAACCUGUUCAGGAGAGAACUAACAGAAUGGUCCUACCCACAUAUCUUGUGGCUGGGAAGGAUCCAAGUUAUUAAAAUGAACCUCCUCCCACGCCUACUCUAUUUAUUCCAGAUGCUCCCCAUAACGAUCCCCAAAGUCUUCUUUACCACUCUGCAAUCGAUGACAGGUGGCUACAUAUGGAACAGGAAAAGACCAAGGAUUAAGUUCCAGGCCCUCACACAACCCAAGGAAAGGGGAGGGCUGGCUAUCCCAGAUUUCUACUUAUAUUACACGGCAGGGCACUUACAGAGAGUCAUGGAAUGGACCAAGACUAACGUACACAAGCAGUGGAAGUCGGUGGAGGAGACGGAGGGACCAGUUUAGGUCCUUCCGUGGUGCUCCGGGAGGGGGCUCGGCCGGGCUGCUCCUCUUUAGCACAGCAUACCUUACGAGUAUGGCACAGGGCGUCCUGGACACACGGACUAACCCAACACCCAUCACCUCUGCUACCCCUAACACACAAUCACAACUUCCCCCCCGGCCUCGACCCGAGCGCUUUUAGGGACAUCAUCCAUACACCCAUCCCCAGACUACACCACAUUUACACACACUCGGGCCGGAAGACACUUCCUGAUAGAGAACGUACCCCCUACAUUCCUACAAACCUUUAAAUACAAACAACUAUCGAGCUAUAUAAACUCCCUCCCCGGGGGACGAGCCCAUGCUAGGAACCCGACUACCUUCGAAGAGUGCUGGAUGCACCCAGACCCUCUACCCCAUGGCAUUUCAUUCCUAUACUCACUACUACAAAGGGAGACCCCGACAGAGACUCCUGCCUUCAAGGGCAAAUGGGAAACCACACUGGGGAGGACUUUUACCGAGACAGAGUGGGGAAAAAUAUGCUAUCUCACACACCACUGUUCUACCUUCACCAAGACACAAGAGACGGCAUUCAAACUGCUGAGCCACUGGUACCGCACCCCAAAUAUGCUACAUGCAAUAGACCCCUCACGCUCCGACUUAUACUGGAGGUGUGGAGAGGCAAAGGGCACUACACACCUAUGGUGGGAAUGUCACAGAAUUAAACCAUUCUGGAUGGGCAUACACAACAUCCUAGGGAAAUUCUCUGAUGCACCACCACCACUAGAGCCAGCAGCAAUGCUCCUACACCACACGACCGUACCCAGAUCCCGACAUAAGAAGUCCAUGACCAUUAGAAUCCUUAAUGUGGCCAAACAGGUUAUACCUCAAUGCUGGAGACAAGAUAAGACCCCUCCUCUCAGGACAUGGUUCACCCAAAUGGAAGAGCUCAGGGCGAUAGAAGAAUUACACUCGGGGGCGACUAACACCACCGAAAAAUACAUGGAGACCUGGACACACUGGAUUGUAACCACCACACAGGCAGAUUUCACCGCCCGACUAGACACAGAAGUCCCACCUGACAGAACUGACGCCAUCCCUGCCCCACCCAUUCCCCCACACCACCCGCAGCCUCCCCUCUUCUGUCCUCUCCCCCGCAUACCCCCCCUUCCUCCUCCUUCCCACAAAUCUCACUUGGGCCGCAGACAUAUACCAUACGAAGCCUUGGGGUGACUUACGGAUCGCCGACACAGUACUAACCCAUCACCUCCCUCACUAAAGAUGAGACUGCACACAGAAAAGACCUAGGUGUCCUAUCGGACACUAAGUGGGAGGCAGCAAACAAACAAACCAGGGGGAACAUGAGAAAAUAACAAUAGAUACCUAACCACCGUAUUGCCGAACAGGGACCUGCGAGUCCAUCAUUGAAGUGGGCCUGCGAGCCCGAAUACUUACUUGUUUUCAUACAUGUUCUGGCACAUGUUGUGCUUUAGUUACAAUAUGCUUGAAGAGACCUGCGAGUCUCACUGUGAAAGUACAAUGACAAUAAAAAUAUAUUUACAAAAAAAAUAAGUGUUGGUGCGUUUAAUAUGAAAGAGGUAAAUUAUGGUUGCACAAACAUAUAGCCAAAAUUCUAGGUUUUGUUUUGGUUAAGAACUUUUACACUGCCUCCGUUCUUAUGGGAUUAUACUGCAAUAGUGUAUCCUGUACGGAAGGAAAUUAGUGUUUUAUUUAUAUUUCACAUACUUCAAUCCCACGCCACCAUUUUUGCUUUUAGUGUAUAUAUUCCAGGUGUUUUAGCGUUACCCUGAGGUGUUGAUGAUUGUCUCUACAUGUAUAUAAGAAUCGCUGUAUUGCUAGUUUCAGUUUUCUUGCAAAAAAAUAUAUUAGCAUGGUUUCUCCAAGCUUGAGAAUCUACAGAGAAGAGAUUACUUCAUGCCCCAUUUGACUUCUUUUGCAUUGAUUCAUUUUAUCCAGUGACUUAAUGUAUCUUUAUUGCCAAACCUCUAGUCCAAUAUAUCCCAUAACGGUACAAGUGAUUAAGGGCUGUUUGAUAACUGUAGUUCUGAAAGAAGCAAAUAGAAUUGGCACUUUAACUAAUAAGACAGAGAUAGUGAUAAAAUAUUUCAAACACAUAUUAAAAGUAAAACUGGUUAUUAAUGCUUUAUCCAAAUUUUGCAAUGAUAGAAUUAAGGGAGAAUGCACAAAUUUGCACAAUAAUAAAAUAUACAUAUGUUGCUAUUUUAAUUUUAUUCACUCUUGUGCUAUCUAUCUAUCUAUCUAUCUAUUUAUCUAUCUACAGUAUAUAUAUAUACAGGGAGUGCAGAAUUAUUAGGCAAAUUAGUAUUUUGACCACAUCAUCCUCUUUAUGCAUGUUGUCUUACUCCAAGCUGUAUAGGCUCGAAAGCCUACUACCAAUUAAGCAUAUUAGGUGAUGUGCAUCUCUGUAAUGAGAAGGGGUGUGGUCUAAUGACAUCAACACCCUAUAUCAGGUGUGCAUAAUUAUUAGGCAACUUCCUUUCCUUUGGCAAAAUGGGUCAAAAGAAGGACUUGACAGGCUCAGAAAAGUCAAAAAUAGUGAGAUAUCUUGCAGAGGGAUGCAGCACUCUUAAAAUUGCAAAGCUUCUGAAGCGUGAUCAUCGAACAAUCAAGCGUUUCAUUCAAAAUAGUCAACAGGGUCGCAAGAAGCGUGUGGAAAAACCAAGGCGCAAAAUAACUGCCCAUGAACUGAGAAAAGUCAAGCGUGCAGCUGCCACGAUGCCACUUGCCACCAGUUUGGCCAUAUUUCAGAGCUGCAACAUCACUGGAGUGCCCAAAAGCACAAGGUGUGCAAUACUCAGAGACAUGGCCAAGGUAAGAAAGGCUGAAAGACGACCACCACUGAACAAGACACACAAGCUGAAACGUCAAGACUGGGCCAAGAAAUAUCUCAAGACUGAUUUUUCUAAGGUUUUAUGGACUGAUGAAAUGAGAGUGAGUCUUGAUGGGCCAGAUGGAUGGGCCCGUGGCUGGAUUGGUAAAGGGCAGAGAGCUCCAGUCCGACUCAGACGCCAGCAAGGUGGAGGUGGAGUACUGGUUUGGGCUGGUAUCAUCAAAGAUGAGCUUGUGGGGCCUUUUCGGGUUGAGGAUGGAGACAAGCUCAACUCCCAGUCCUACUGCCAGUUCCUGGAAGACACCUUCUUCAAGCAGUGGUACAGGAAGAAGUCUGCAUCCUUCAAGAAAAACAUGAUUUUCAUGCAGGACAAUGCUCCAUCACACGCGUCCAAGUACUCCACAGCGUGGCUGGCAAGAAAGGGUAUAAAAGAAGAAAAUCUAAUGACAUGGCCUCCUUGUUCACCUGAUCUGAACCCCAUUGAGAACCUGUGGUCCAUCAUCAAAUGUGAGAUUUACAAGGAGGGAAAACAGUACACCUCUCUGAACAGUGUCUGGGAGGCUGUGGUUGCUGCUGCACGCAAUGUUGAUGGUGAACAGAUCAAAACACUGACAGAAUCCAUGGAUGGCAGGCUUUUGAGUGUCCUUGCAAAGAAAGGUGGCUAUAUUGGUCACUGAUUUGUUUUUGUUUUGUUUUUGAAUGUCAGAAAUGUAUAUUUGUGAAUGUUGAGAUGUUAUAUUGGUUUCACUGGUAAUAAUAAAUAAUUGAAAUAGGUAUAUAUUUGUUUUUUGUUAAGUUGCCUAAUAAUUAUGCACAGUAAUAGUCACCUGCACACACAGAUAUCCCCCUAACAUAGCUAUAACUAAAAACAAACUAAAAACUACUUCCAAAAAUAUUCAGCUUUGAUAUUAAUGAGUUUUUUGGGUUCAUUGAGAACAUGGUUGUUGUUCAAUAAUAAAAUUAAUCCUCAAAAAUACAACUUGCCUAAUAAUUCUGCACUCCCUGUAUAUAUAAAUUUAAUUGAUUUUCUCAUUUAUUUCCCAUUCUCGGGUGGCAGGGAGUCUGAGGUGUAUCUUAGCUGUUCUAGAACUGCCCUCUUCUACAGAGCGAUCUCAGAUGUCCCACCUGGAAUCUGUUGAAGCCUCUAGCCCAGCUUGGGAGUCACAGCCCCAAGUGCUCCUAUUACAACUGUGACUACUACUGCCUUCACUUCCCACAUCCUUUCUAGCUCUUCUUUUAGUCCUUGUAUUUCUCCAUCUUCUCAUGUUCCUUCUUCCUGAUGUUAUAGUCACUGGGUAUUGCCACAUCCAAUAGUUUAUUUUAUUGACAAAAUUAUUUGGACACCUCUCCUUUACACCAAAAUAAACUUUUAUAAUAUCACAUUCUAAAUACUUAGACAUUAAUAUGUGGUUGGUCCUCCCUUUGCAGCUACAGCUUCCAAUCUUCUGGAAAGGAUUUCAACAAUAUUCUCGACUGUUUCUGUGGGAAUUUUUGCCCAUUCAUCCAGUAGAGCAUUUGUGAGGUCAGACACUGAUGUUGGACGAGGAGACCUGGAUUGCAAUUUACAUUCCCGUUCAUCCCAAAAAUGUUCACACUACUAAUAAGGCAACAUUCCCUUCUAUUAAAAGCCCUUCUCCUACACCAAGGUCCAUCCAGAGACCAACUCUAUUACAAAAGCUGCGGAAACAGCAGACCACAUGUUACCAUCGGAGAUCACGCCUCACCAGGCCACCUGCAUUCUCCCAGAUGGGAAGACAAAGGCUCCCGGGGCUCUCCAAAAGGGUUACAACAAAGUCUAUGCAAUUACUUUGGUCAGGGACUGGGAAGAGGCUCUGGCACCACAUGGACUACACAAUAGUAUGAAAAUUCAUAGGCUGACAACAUUGUAUCUCUCCUCAUAAACUGUCCUGCUUUGCAGACACCAAGCGCUCCCUAUCUUUGGCAAUGCUGACCUCCAUCGUUAACUAGUCUAUGAUAAAUGUUAUUACUGGGUUUCUUUUCUUCAUCUUUUCCUUAUUCUCCUACUCCUCACCUGCAAUUGCCUCGUUAAGCUGCCCAGUGGUAUUUCGCUCUUAUAUUUACAGAGUUCACUCUGCUAUAUUCUAUAUUGUCUCGUGAUUGCCACUGAUAGAACUGUGUUUCAAAUGAUUUAAUGGAUCAUUCUCAUAAAAUGUGCAGUACUCAAUGUUUUGCCAUUUACGCAUCUGCAUGUACUCUUGUAGACUGUCUGUGCCAUCUUGUCUUGUUAUGCACUGUACUACUAAAUAAAGAAUGUAAAAAAAAAAAAAAAAGAUGGCACUUCAGUUGACGUAAAGGGCCUAGCCCAACCUCUGAAAAACAUACUCAUACCAUUGUCCCUCCUCCACCAAACUUUACAGUUGGCACAAUGCAGUCAGGCAGGAAAUGUUCUCCAGGCAUCCGCCAAAUCCAGACUCAACCAUGAGACUGCCAAACAGAGAGGCGUGCUUCAUCGCUCCAUUGAACACAUUUCAACUGCUCUAGAGUCCAGUGGCAGUGUGGUUUACUUGGUGAUAUGAGGCUUGCAUGCAGCUGUACGCCAUGGAAGCCCAUUCCAUGAAACUCCCGCCGCACAAUUUAUGUGCUGAUAUUAAUGCCAGUGGAAGCAAGCUUGGAAUGCUUCAGCUAUGGAAUCAGCAGAGCGUUGGCAACUUUUAUGCACCACGUGCCUCAACACUCGGUGACCCGGUUCUGUGACAUUACUUGGACUUCCACUUCAUGGCUGAGUUGCCACUAUUUCACUUUCCAAUACCACUUACAGCUGACUAUGGAAUAUCUAGCAGGAAUGAUAUUUUAUUAAUUGACUUAUUGCAGAGGUGGGAUCCUAUCACAGCACCAUGCUUGAAAUCACUGUGCUCUUCAGAAUGACCCAGCCUUUUCCAGCUUAUUUAUGUUGGGCUAAAUUUACAUUUUAAUUCCAUGCCUGUGUGGAACCUAAAAAAUAUAUAUUUUUUCACCUUUUUUUCUCUUUCAAGCCAUAUGGAUCUAGAUUUCUUACAAUAGCACAGUUAUUUGCUAAUGAUAGCAAUUUCAAAUGUGAUUGGAAACAUUAGAACUCUGUAUUUUCCAGUGCUACAUUGUUUGCUAUUUGUGAUACAUCUUAAUGCUCCUGAGUUUACGCAGGACAAAUCCACACAAAGCAACCAGCAGCAUCCACACAUAGCAACACAUAGCAAGGGUUUAUCUGGUAUUUGGGAUGCUGAGUAACAAUAUUAAAUUCAUGUUAUUGGCUGUUACUCAUUGUCUGCAGUCCAGUGUUUAACUUGUUUGAUCUAUGGUAUGUACAGGGUGCAAUCUGUUGUAAAUAAACAGGAAUAAAAAUAAUAAUAAUAAUAGAGGAACUAUAUAUUCCUCCAAGGCAAGGAAGUUGGGACUCCACUCUGAAAUAUAGACCUUCCCAUAGAUUCUUACUUAGUCGUAAACACCAAGGUCAGAUGGAGUUCUGGAGGACACACAACUUCUCGGUCCCUUGAACAUGACCAAAUUAAAUUAUCCGCCCGCGGCAUGGGACGUAGCAAGGAACAGGUGGGAAGCCGUCGGCUGCCUGCUUGGAAUUCUUUGUAUUCAUCCUGCAACUCACGAGGUGGAAGGAUGAGUGGCCAUGAUCUGUCCCUGUCUCGUACCAUUCUGUUAAAGGCUGCAUUUUGUGAAUAUAAUAUAUUAUGAAACUAUUGUAUUAUUCUAAAUAUCCUUAUUCAGCAACCCAUAGUGAGCACGGUGUAAACAAUAUUGGUACAUAAUUUCAAAACACUUUACAUAUUAUCACGUGCUAAGCUCAUCAAGUGUUGACUAUGCUGUAUAACAGGUGUCAGGUAUAUUGUGUCUGACACUUUUCAUUACGCUUUUUACCCAUUUUACAGAAUGCUCACCAGAUGUAGGGUUUAUGCAGAUAAAUUUAUAUAAAAUGUAAUGAGGCAGGAAGGAUACAUAAUGGCAAAUUGUGUAUUAUGGGAAAAUAAUGUAAUUGAAGCUAAGAGUUAAGCAGUUUGCGGAAGUCGACAGAAUUCCAAGUGGUGUUAUUUAACUGCUGUGUUUGGUUCAGUGAUGUAUUUUUUACUUCACAAUUUUCUUUUCUUUUUGUUAUAUAUAUAUAUUUUUUUUAUAUUGGUUUGUUCCACGGCUGUUGAAUUCAACAUAUGCACACUCACUGACCAACACAGACACUUCUGCACAUGCAUACAUGCGCAGACACAUUCACACGCUAAUAACUAUACACAGACCUAAAUAUUGACUCACGCAGACAAUCUUGCGCACACACAUAUUGACACACAGUUAUACACACUUGCUGUGAUUACAUUCCAGACCAACAGUGGCUCUUGCUGGACUGUACUUAUUCAAAUAAAGACCCAGAUUCUGUCCCUUUCCCCUUAGUCAUGUGCUGGGUGAGGUACUAGGGAGAGUGAAAUGUGUCAGUCAACUCACCUGGUAUAUAUCUACAAAAAUAGGGAGAAUAAUGUUAGCAGUGGCUUCAGGCUGGAAGUGGGACUCCCAUUAAUCAGGCAGAAUGAAACAUAUAUAAUGUGUUAUAAUACCAUGAACCUUAACAUUUAGAAACCCUGUGAAUUAUGGUGCCAUACGGGGUAUUUCGGAACUUAAAGGGUUCUUUUGAAAGUACAUACAAAUGCAUCUAUAUAUUGUCAGUAAAUGUAUAGUUUGGGAGAAAAAAACUAUUAAAAAUAGAUCUUUCUCUGACCUGUCAGGGAAUUCUCUGCAUGUUGAGAGCAGGACAGGCAUUGGUAAUUUUCCCUAUUCCACCAAUGUAACCAAUGCUUUCCCCUGUCCAUCGGGAAGCAUCUGGCUUUUUCAGGGUAGAACCACUGUGUCCACCGACAUCAUCACACUUCAUAAGUCCAGUAUAUCUCCUGGCAGAUGGUGUGUUUUUCCCACAAUAGCAUUUUAAGAGCCAAUGUGAUAUUUUAUGUGCCAUUGGAUGAGUUUUUUUUAAAGAUGUUCUGUUAUUAAAAUUGACACAAAAAACCUGCCGGUUCCACUGGUUUCCAUAGUCAUUGUCCCACAUUUAGACUAGUUUUUAGAACAGAACAGUUUGAUAAAUCUUCCCUAUUGUUUCCAUGAAAAUGCCAAUGACUGAGGCAGUCACCAUAUGAUUGCAAUUUUAGACCAUGAUAUAUGAUGCCCACAUUUGAAGCGUACUAAUGUAGAGGAUGGAGGAGGUGGUCCCCCAACAGGCAGCAAGAGAGUGAUACCUGACCAAUACCUGCGAGGCAAGUGCCUUCUCUGACUAUGCCAUGUAGCACAGUGGCAGGGGAGCUUCAGAGAUCAGUCUCUUCCCUGACAUUCCAGCUCCUUUGUCUCCCCGUGCUAAUACCGAGAGCCAGAAAGUUGUGCAAUCAGUGUACAGACUGAUCCCAGCAGCACACCACUGUACAACAAGGAUAAAGCUCUUAUAAAAAUCAAAUGUGUGUAUGUGUGAAUAAGCAUAUGUGUGUAUAUGAAUGUGAGUGUGUGUAAAUGAGUGUGUACAUGUGUCUGCAUGGAUUUUAUGCAUGUGUACGAAUAUGAGUUUGUUUAUGUGUCCGUAUAAAAAAAAGAGUGUUAUAUUGUAAUUUUUCUAACAACUGGGUGUUAGGAGCAUAUAUUAAAUUUUUCACAAAUUAUGAAAAAUAUAUUGUUUUGGAUUUUCUUUUUUAAUGAGUGGAUCUAAGCAAUUUUCUCAUUUUUCUUCUCUCAUUGGAUCUCUAGGUGGCUUGUUCUUGCCAUUGCCAUGGCUCGGUUUUACUUGGAGAAAGGAACACACAAGGGUUUGUACAAAAGUAUUCAGAAGACACUUAAAUUUUUCCAGACAUUUGCUUUACUUGAGGUAAAUUACACUUUUGUUUCCAAGUAUUUGGGCUGUUGCAGUUACUAUUAUUUGUAUAUUUUAUGAGGUGCAUAACUAGACAGAUAUGGAAAUCAUUUUAUUCUUAAAGCGACACAAUAGUGCUUGGAAUGCAAUGCUGUAUUCCUAACACUGUACUGUCCCUUUGCCUCCGUGGCCCCCCUCAGUUGUCCCCCCAGGCAUGCAAAAGGUUAAAUAACCUUUUAAACACUUACCUGGUUCAAGCGCUGACGUAGACAACCACUGGAGGGACACUGCACCUGGACCACGUCAAUGAGAUGAAAGUGCCUAUAGUGUCCCUUUUAAUUAAGAAAUUAUUUAGAUUUAUGUUUUUUGAGUUGUCCAAAAUACAAGACUUUUAGUUCUCCCAACAAUCUGGGACAUUGGCCCUUGACGGAAUCUCCUACUCUAUCAACCUUGCUGAUCUCCUUUUCCUAUUCUUUUGCAUCCUCUCCUUUUUUAAUCUUUCCACUUUUUCUCUACACUUCAUCUUUCUCUUUCCCUUUCUAUCAGUUUCAGUUAAUAUUCGAAGGCAGUAUAUGUAAUUCCCCACACCCUCACCCUAAAGUGCAGAAAUAACAAAAUAAUUUAUCUUUUUAUCUUUUAAACAUACAGCUACCCCACGGGAUAUCCAAGAUAAUGUCCCCUUUCAGAACAGCCACAGCCAAUGUACAAUGUAUAUACAUUGUGCAUUGAAUAUUCGAGGGCAAUGCUGUAUUUCACAGGCAAUUUGAAGCUAAUGGAAUUCUCAAUAAUUGAUCAUGAAAUUUAACAUUUUACAUCAUAAUAGCGGAAAAUGGGAAACUCAAAUUAAUCUGUUAAAUUUUCAGUCUAGUGAUUUUCAGAUAAAAAAAAUGUUCCAGUUUUAAGUUUUUCUAAGUGCCUCAUAGACUGACUUAUAACUAACUCAAAGUGAAUUUUAGAUUUAAGCCCACAGUGGAUAAACUGAAAGCAUAGCUGGCUUACAGAAUGUAUGGCGUCUGGAGUGUGUCUGUGCACUGUUUCACUUAGAAAUGCUCUAUGUACAGAGAUUAACCACUUGGUUACUGGAGAUUUAACUCCACCUCCAACAGCGUCAUUAGGGAAAAGUUCUCGUCUGGCUAAUGUCAACUCUUUGCAAAAUUUGCAUCUAGCGCCAGCAUGCAGAGCAAGUUGGUGCCAGACAACCAAUGGCGGCAUGCACCCACUCCGUGCCGCCUCUGUUCUCCGUUAAGCCCAUCCUCCGUGACCUACCUCAUCUUCCCCUGAGGGGGAAUGACUAGUCUAGGAGGAUUGGGUUUCUGGAAGAACUUGAUCUCAUUGCAGAACAGAAGUAAGUUUUAGCAUUUAUUUAUUUAUACAUGUUUUCAAAUUGGGAGGAAGGUGAGCCACCUCAGAAAGGUUUAGAUCUAAUUAAAACCAGUGUUUUGAGAUUCACUUUCAAUGUUUACUUUGGUAAAUAAUAUUGACAGAAUUUAGUGUAGACUUUAGAGCCUAAUUUCGCACUUCUUCUCUAAAUUGAAAUAGAGAAUGGGAUAUUCUACUAAAGAGAGAUUUGUUGAGAAUUCAAAUUGGAUUCAAAGUGAAUUUAAAAUUCAAUAUCAAAACAGACAAACUUUGACCUUAAAUUUGAAAUUCACUUUGAAUUCCCACCAAUUCUCACUUUAGUAAUUAACAAAUUGGUUGCUUCUGACAAGAAACAAACUAAGUUAAUUUACCACACUUUUAAUCAUCUCAUCAUCCCAUCAUCUCAUCAUCCCAUCAGCCAUCUGUUUAGAAUGUUCAGUUUUUAUUGCAAUGUAGAGAAAAUAAAAUAAUUAUUAUAAUUAAAAAUGUGUGUGCUAAAUCUUGAAUUGCCUUUUUUUGGUAAGCAUUCCAUGGAUUAAUGGGAUAGAUGUAAAGAGAAAGGGUGGACAGAUAUUGAACUCAAUAGAUUACUCACCGAUUUGUUUUCUUGGUUUCCUUUACAGUUGGUCCACUGCGCACUUGGUAAGUUAUUAUCCUUUUCUUCUUGUAAUCAUUUACUUGUUCUAAACAUAAAAAUGUCAAGACGUGAUAAUAUUCGUAAUUUUUUUUUUUUUUUAGGAUUGGUGCGCACAUCGGUGCUAGCAACAGGGGUCCAAGUCAGUUCAAGAAUCUUCAUGGUGUGGUUGAUAACUAAUAGUAUAAGACAGGUAGGUGUUAGAACUCCAUUAGAUUUCAAACAUCUAACAAAAAUGGAAAAUUUCAUUGGUUUAGACUCUGCCUAAAGUGUAACUCAAAAUAAAAUGUGUUAUCCUAUUCAAUUUUAGAGAUCUACAAGACACACUGUAUCUAAAUAAACAGAUCCAUAUACCGUAAUCAUAAUGUAGAAGUACAAGUUUCUACAUGGUCAUUUUUCAAAAGCCACUACUACUCUAUUUUUUAUUUCAAUUAAAUGCUUCUUGGAGACGCUGUAGGCACUUUACGAACUAUCUGCAGACAAGGCUGGUUAAGAAGAGUAGCUCACAUUCGAAGGUCCUGGGCUCCGAUCCACAUUUCUUUUGUGGUGACUGCAAAAAUUCUAUAACACAUUGCAAACAUGUUUUCUGUAAUUGAUAUACUACAAGCCUACCAUUCAUUUAUCCAAGAUUAGCCUUGGGUUUGAAUGAUAUUGACACAUAAUGGAAUACAUUAUAUAUAUUCUUUUUGAGUAGGGAUCAGUACAUGUUAGUUAAUGUUUCUAGAAAAAAAUUAAUGUUCAUUACAAAUUAUUCUACAUUUUUAUGGCUUGGAAAUAGAUCUCCAGCAGUUCCAAAACUACAAUUCCCAUGAUGUUUCACCCACUUUAUAGGUGUUAAAGUGGGUGCUUUGGAUCUUCAACAGAUGGGGGUCUACCUUUUAGGCUAAAGUAUGUUUUAAGCUUUACUAGAAAGUUUAUUUUCAAUGUUUGGAGGCCGGAGGGUUUAUAUAUAUGACUAUCAUGAAAAACAGAAGAUAGGUAAACAGUAAUGUUGAUAAAAACAUCAAUUUUCAUAUUUUCAUCUCACCAUUGAAGCACAUUGAAGAUCUGUGGGACAUUUGACUCUCCUUUAUUCUCCCUAUCUACGUUUUCUUUCCAGGAUGAGGAGCUCCUGUUCAUACUCAUUUGGGAGCUGAUGGCACUGCCCUCUUGGUGUGCUCAAAAAUAAUAUUUUUUAAAAUACACGCAAACACAUAGCACCAGAUUUCACCCCGCCCCCAUGUCUAAAGGAAGACAGUGGAUAAGCAUUCUACUGCAGUUGCUGCAACCCACUCAUGUUUGGUACAUAAGGUGAAGGAAAAGCAGAGGGAAAAGGAAAGAAAAUGGUCCCAGCUAGCUACAGGUUAUUAGGGGUCCCUUAGGACAUUUGCAAGAGAUUUACUAAUUUUAACACCUUCCCUCUCUCUUUGUAAUUAUGUAACCUAUUUGGAUCAUAAAACAAGUGAUACAUGCAUUUCAUACUUGGUACUGAUGGCAAAAACAAAACUUGGCGGUUUCUUUUUUUUUUAUGUGUGCCUAAAUACUUCUAAAUCAUUAUAUAAUUCUGCAGAUCCAAAAUGAAGAGAGCGUUCUCAUUUUUCUUGUUGUGUGGACGAUGACAGAGAUCACACGAUAUUCCUACUACACAUUCAACCUUCUCAACCAUUUACCGUACUUCAUUAAAUGGGCCAGGUGGGUACUCUUUGAGCUUGAUACUUAUUGCAGCAUAUAAAACUAAUAUGCCUGUGGGCUAGGGCCCCUUCCUAAAGGGUAACUUUAUUUUGGGGUGGGGGAUAUUAUUGGGAGCUAUGGUGCUGUUACUAAACAUUACGAUGGGAACCAAAACAAGCUGAUAACCCAAAUGGAACCUGCCUCCUUGAAGAUAUCUGAAAACGUUCCCUCACAACAGUGUCUUCUUGGCUCUAGAUCUCUACUCUGAUGCUAGCACCAUGAACUGCUUUUGGUCAGAACUACAGUUGCAGGUAGGAUUCGCAGAACAGAUAAUCCAGGCACAGAUAAAUCCACUAUAUAUCCCACCACUGAAGGGACUUCCUAAAGAGACCCAAAGAGCCUACUGUCACAAAGAUUGUGAUGUUUACUACACACUUAGCCAGAACAAGAAUUGACAGAACGGCAUUGUGAUGGAAAAAAGGGAAAUGCAUUUGGCUUCAAUAUGCAUUAGUAAUUAGACUAGACUAGUGAGUUUAUUUUCUUUAAAGAUGUAGGUACAGGAGCAGGCGCCUACAUUUCAUGACUAGUCUAGCCUCUGUAUCUGUUCGCCUCCGGAAGAAAUACUACUGAUUGUGUUAUUCCAGUCAUUGGCACUUACAUUCAUGCAAAAAUGUGAGGAUUUAAAGUUUGUUGCGUAAUUACAUUACAUAAUAUAUUUUUUUUCUAUAUCUGUUAGGCUAAUAUCAUCCAAGCACCAUCAAAAUGAACCAUUACAAAUUAAUUUCAAAAUUAGAGAGGAAACAAAUGUCUUAUUAAUCUAGAAGGAUGUGCCAGGACCAGUCCACCAUUGAGAGAAUAAGGCUUCCCAAGAUGUCCUUAGACCACCCAGUGCUUUUGCAAGAAUCUUUGUGAUUCUCCUCACAGUGACACUAGCUGUGAUUUCUCUCUGCCUGGCCCCCUCUGCUGAAUCACAGUGAAACUAGAAUGUCAAAAGACUGUCAGGUGAAGAUGCGCACUGACAUAGUGCACUCCUUAUACUGGACCAUGAGGAAAUCAAAAAGGUUUUCCUUGAGAUUAGUGUUAUGAGGUUUAGGGUCAAGUUUGGGGGUUUAAAUGAGUUGGUGUUUAGGACUAGCUAGGUUUAGAAUUAGAGGGUGUUUAGGUUCAGGGGGGUUAAGAAUGAGACUUGGGGUUUGUGAAUGUUCAGUAGUGGGUAGAUUUAGGGUUAAAGAGACACUCUAGGCACCAUAAUUUCACCGCAAUGAGUUAUGAUGCGAUGAGGUCUGUCUUAUUGUAAAGGGUGAAACCAUUAAUGAAAGGUGUUACCCCAGAUAAUGCAAAAUGGGGCUUUAUCACUCUGCCUCUCCACUUCCUACGCAGGACUAAGGCUUUAAUCAGAUAAAUCAGUUUGUUUCCAUUGAAUUCCGCAGAUGUGACAAACAUGAGAAAUAUAUGUCUGCAUUUAAUGAUAUUCCUUGCUAUGACGUUAUAGCAAGUGACUUUUUAAAAGCAUAUUUAAUUUUCAGAAAUAAUCAAUAAUUUACCUUUUUACUUUGAAUCAAAUAGAAUAUGGGAUGGGAAUGUAUGUAGUAUGUUACCAUAUAUAUAUAUAAACGUAUAGACAUAUAUGUCCUGAGGAAAGUGCUAAGAAUGAAGGGAAAUGUUGACCUCUUAUGGAUUUUUUGUGACAAUAAAGAAGAAGGGUUUUUAAAGAAUCCCUGAGUGCUGGUAUGAUAUGAACUUAUAUAUCUAUAUAUAUAUAUAUUGCAGGCUUUGUAUAAUAUUGAUUUAUUUGCCCAUUUUUGCAAUUUAUGGGGUUGAAACUAUUAAAAUAUAUUGUAGCCACAAAGAAAAAAAAUGUAGUCAGAUGAUUUUGCCUAAUGAUUUUACAGAAAUCAAUUAACCUUAUCAUUUAUAGGAAUUUAAGAAUAUAUUCAUAUGAAUACACCAACAGACUAUAACGCGUUGCUGAAAAGCACUGAAAAAACUGUAAAACAUAUAAUAAACUACUUUUUACCUAACACUUUUUUAAUACCCUUUUUCUGAUGAGUAUAUAUUUUUUUCCCCACAGGUAUAAUUUAUUUAUUGUCUUGUAUCCCAUUGGAGUUGCUGGUGAACUCUUAACAAUUUAUGCUGCUUUACCAUAUGUGCGGAGGUCCGGAAUGUAUUCAUUGCGACUUCCAAACAAAUACAAUGUUUCUUUCGAUUACUACUACUGUCUCCUUAUUGUAAUGUGCACCUAUAUACCAUGUAAGUAUCUGUGAGUUUUUGACUAAGACAUAUAUUCAUAAUAAUACAAUUGACUGUUUAAAGAGGGAAAUAUGCAACACCGGACUUCACAAUGCAGCUCAAUGAGAAGUCUUUACAAGGCAGGUGCUCUGGAGUUUAGUUCCACUGAGCUAACUGAUUGACAGUCAGGGGGGUGUAACAAAGUUAAUUAAAAACAUUAUUAAUUUCUAUUGAAAUCUGCACUUUUUGUAAAAUAAAAAAGAGGACACACUGUUCCCACAUAAAGCAUUUCAGCAAGCUGAAGUGCUUUAGAGGUCCGGGGUGGUCCUUUAAGCUUCAGAGGUACUCCGCAGAGGAUAUGAAAGAGAGACAAUACAUAUAUACUCUGUGUAUAAUAUUGAAAAUUAAUCAAAUUAAAACCUACUUAGAGGUUUUGGAGCGACCACAAAUGGGGGUCAACCUAAUAGAAUAGGUUGUAUUAUUCCCACCAAGGAUGAAUACAUACAGGAAGUAGCAGAGUGAAGAAGCAGGGCCAGAAUGGUAAAAAAAUAGACAAUGAUUUAUUCCCAUCCAAGGUAAAAAAGAACUAUAAAAGCAUAAAUAUUAACACACGCUACUGCAUUUCAACAAAAAGGGCUUUAUCAAAGUGUCUGUGAUAAAGCCCUUUCUUGGCAAAUGCAUUCAUGUGUGUUAAUGUGUAUGCUUUUAUUGUUCUUUAUUAUACUAGAUGGGAAUAAAUUAUUGUGUAUUUAUUGAUAGCCCAUUUGUGUAAGUGACAAUAUCAUUUAUGAUCAAAGUAUCUUACUCACAGUGACUCAUUCCCAAACACGUUUGUUAGUAGUUUAUAGACAAAUAAUGUAAAAAAAGAAAUAAUGUUUAAAUAACAAAUAUAAUUUAAACAAAUAUUUAGAAUUCCUAGAAUUGAGAUACAUUAGGAUAAAAAAUAUGGUUUUUGCUCCCAUAACAAAGGAACAAAGGUUUCUUUGGAACCUGUGCUUACACCUCCUAUUUUGUGAAGACAAUAUCCAUUUCACUCAACGUUUUAAUAGAAAAUUGUUAUAUAAGUGUAUAUGUUUUCCAACAAUUCUGAAAUUCAGCAGAGUUGUUUUUUUUUUUCUUUAAUUAGCUCAUGUUAUGAAGUAAUUAAUAAUUUAGAGGUAUCAUUCUUGAAGACAAAUCUAAUCUAAUUAAAUCUUUUAUUCUUUUUUUUUUUUUUACGCUGUGUAUUCUAGUGUUCCCCCAGCUGUAUUUCCACAUGCUGCGGCAAAGGAGGAAAGUCCUUCAUGGAGAAGUGAUAGUGGAAAAGGAUGAAUAGUAUGGAAAUAUCAGAAGGAGUCUCUUGGAACUGAGUCCUUUCAUGAUCAAUUUUUUUUCUCAACUUGAAAGUAGUUUUGUCAUCUUUACAUAUUCCACUCCAUUGCUCUGUUCCCUUCCCCUCAUUUUUGUAUUGUAAAAUAACAUCAACAUCGUGCCAUUGUUCCCAUGUUUUCAUUGGGUGAGAAGGUACAUUUGUAUCACUAGUGAUCAUUAACAGUGAAUACGGACAAAUUAUUUAGCAUGAAACACCAGCCUUGGAUAGUGGAUCUUGCUUCUCUUUGUAAUAUCCGGAUUUUUCUUGGUAUUGUGAAGAACAUCUACAAGGUUGAACAAGUUGGCAAUAGAUCCAACUAAAUGGUUUUGUAGCUGCAACCUCUUUGAAAACCAUGGGCCAUAUUUAUUAAGCCAAAACAGAAGCAGUUCGGAGGUAAAAUGCUAAAUGUUUAGAAAUGUUUUAAUGGUUGGCAUGGUGAUUUCUUCAUUGUAAGCAUUCCCCUGCAUUAUUGCUUCAGACUUUGGUUGGUAAAUAUGGCCUGCAGUAUCUUCUAUAACAUUGGUACUCCAAAGAUCAUGGUUUUAGCAAAAAUCCCCUUUUUUGUUGAAGAAUUGGGUAAUCUCAAAAUCCUGGACUGUAGGUGACCCUCAAUGAGUGAUUUGAGAAUCACAAAUCUGUUAUCUGUUUACAUUUUGAUUCUUCAGAUCAGCUGAGGAUUAUGUAAAAUAGAUUUGUGGACAGGACAAGCACUUUCCUUAACAGUAUUCUAUAUUUUCAGAGACCUCAGUAUAAUACUAUCGUUUAAAAAUAAUUACAUUUUUUAACUUCUUUAAAUAUAUCAUUGUUAAAUCAUGAAACAAUAAAAUAAAAACUUUUGUUUUCGUAAAGAAAAUUUAAUAUCUCAAUCUAACCAUCUUAUUUAAAAAAAAAAAAAGAAAGUAUAGAUUCUACAACUAUUUGGUACCUAGGGCAGAAUUGUCUGCGUGCAAGCCUCCACAGCAUGUAUUGAGUGUGUGGUUGUUGUUUCUCUGCCCCCGUUUUUACCUUGUGUGAAUCUCCUGAUCCGUUAAUUUCUUGAGUGUCUCUUUCCUAAUUCGUGCUACCUCUCUGUGUCUCCUAACUCCCCUUUCAACCCUUUGCAUCUCCUAACUACCCUUCACUCCUUUGUGUAUCUCUCCAUUUUCUCCCCUUGUGUGUCUCUCAGAACCUCCUCAACAUUUUUGUGAGUCUUUUCAAUGAGCCAUGCCCCUUUUAUGAUCCAUUAAUCCCUCUGACCCAUAAUGUAGCAUGGCGAUAAGGACUUAGAAAGAGGAUCUGCAUGUUUUACUGCUCAGUCUGUUCAUGAAGCUCAGAGCAAUGUGCGUGAGUGGCCCGAAAGGCAUGAUAUAUUAUAUGAUAUGCAAUGAUCUGUCUUAUCCAUGUCCCCUCCAUCUGUACUGCAUGUCACUUAGAGUUCCAAUGACACACUGAACAAAGGAAUGUGAAGAUCCUCUGUUGCAUCCCAUUCGGACAUGCUUCAAUCCAGGACUUUAGUCCGAGGAAGCCUGUAUUUGACACCAGAUUGGGGACUAUUAUUAGUUUAUCUUUUUAUGACAACGUUCUGGUGCACCAAGUAAAUGUAGCACAAAUUUUGUUAGUCUGGACCAAACAACACUUUUUGAUACAAUUCCAAAUUAUUUUUUUUAAAGCCAUGUAAGGUGUCGAGUAGACCACAGCCAACCACCUGCC